AUGAGCAGAUUUUCAUUUAAAGAGUAUAAUAGUGAACAAUUGUGGGAAGACUACAUAGCUCGUUUUGAGUUGACCUGCAGAGUUAAGGGACUGGGCGGUGCUAACACAGAAGAACAAGCGGCUCGGCGAGAUCUUCUAUUGGCAAAUGUCGGAGAGGAGCACCUCAGGGCACUAUCGGACCAGAUGUAUCCAAGGGCCUGGGAGGAGUGCACCUACGACGAAGUCAAGGAGGAAGCCAACCGGUUGUUCAAGCCUACAAGGACCCUUUUUGCGACAAGGUUUGAGUUUGAAAGAGCAAUAAGAAAAGUUGGUGAGACAUUUAUUUUGUUUUAUAACAGAUUGAAGUCUUUAGCUAGAAGUUGUAAAUAUGGAGAUAGCUUAGAUGAACGAGUACGAGAUAGGUUUGCAGUAGGAAGCAACUGUCCAGAAUUUGAAGUCGAAGUCAGACAAAGAUGGCCCGAGGGAGUUAAUAACCGAGGUGAGCUUGUUAAGUCAACAGUAGUACUAGAGUUAGCUCAAUCUAUGGAACGCGCGAGAGAAGAAGUUUCUAAACAUUCGUGUAAAAAUGAGAUUUUUAAAGUAAGUGACAGUAAGGAAAAAAGGAAACCAGAGGUACAGAAAUCUACUGGUUUCAAUAGGUGCUAUAGAUGUGGGUUUACACAUGACCCAAGUGAAGAUAGGUGUCCUGCUGUUUCUGCUGUGUGCAAGAAAUGUACAAAGAGAGGCCACUUCGCAAGAAUGUGUAAAAGUAAAAAUAACUUUUUCAAGAGAACAGAUGGUAAUUUGAGAAAAGUAGAUGGUUCAUGUGAUCAAACUUACGAUGAUGAGUGUAAUUCUGAUAUUGAUGUUAGCGGAACACAAAUUAGGUCAGUCAAGAGUAAGGUUCCGAGAGCUACAAUAGAUGUAGAAUUGAACGGGUAUAAUGUUAGAAUGGAGUUUGAUUCCGGGGCUCGGGUAAGUGCUAUAAGUUUGUCUCUUUGGGAUAAGAUCAAUUCGAGUGGCGAAUCUCUAAAAAAGACGUCUGAUGUCAUCACUGGCUAUGGGAAAAAUAAGCUAGAAGUCAUGGGCAAGGCUUUUGUGGACGUUACUUUACGUAAUCGUACUAAGCGAUUGCCAGUUAUUGUAUUACUAGAAGAUGAUGUUCCAUUAUUUGGGUUGCCGUGGAGUGUAGCUUUCAAUCUUAAUUUGCCUAGGGAAGUAAGGGUUAGGCGUAUUGAUAAUGGAAAGACAAAUAGUAAAGAGACCGGCAAGAAUGAAGAAAGUUAUAGAAAAGAGUUACAAAAAGAAGUUGAGGCAUUAACUCAGGAGUUUUCUGAACUCUUUCGUGAUGAGCUAGGAACGAUAUCUGACUCUAAUGAAGUUAUCCAUCUAAAAAGUGAAACAAAACCUGUAUCUUACGGGGCAAGACGAGUUCCAUUCCCCUUAAGGAAGGCAGUGGAAAGAGAAUUACAGCGAUUAGUACAGGAAGGAGUUUUGGAAGCAGUGGACCCUUCCGAAACACCGAUAGAAUGGAGUACCCCAACAGUCAACGUAGACAAGGGUGGAGGUAGAGUCAGAAUCUGUGGCGAUUUCCGUACAACCUUGAAUCCAAACAUCGUUCCGGAGAGACACCUCUUGCCAACCUUUGAUGACUUGACUUCUAAAUUAACUGAUGGAAAGAUAUUUUCAGUCAUAGAUCUUCGAGACGCGUACUUGCAAAUGAAAGUACAUCCUGAGUCACAAAAGUAUCUUACGAUAGCAACUCAUGUAGGCUACUUUCGCUACAAAAGGUUGCCUUUUGGGCUUUCCUCAAGUCCAGCAAAAUUUCAAAGGUACAUGGAAAGUUUACUGAAAGGACUUAAUGUCGGAGUUCUACUGGAUGAUAUAAUCAUUUCUAGUAAGGAUAAGACCACCCAUAUAACAACUCUUAGAGAAGUUUUGAGACGGCUAGAAUCAAGUGGAAUAAGAGCAAAACUGUCAAAAUGUAAGUUCUUUCAGAAAUCUGUAAAGUAUUUAGGCCAUACAAUAGAUGGGAAUGGUAUUCAUCCCUCCGAAGACAAAGUUGAAACCAUAAGACACGCACCAAGGCCAAGAAACGUGAAAGAAUUGCGAGCCUUUCUAGGGGCACUAAAUUUUUACGAAAGGUACAUACCUAAUCUGCAUGCGAUCGCUUCGAACUUGCAUAAGCUGACUGGUACGAAGACUAAAUGGAAAUGGACUGACACUGAACAAACUACGUUCGUGGACCGUACGACUACUGCUGCUCUUGUAAAUAGAUUAAGGACUUGGUUUUCGAGGUAUGGUGUUCCUAAAAAAAUUGUAUCGGAUAAUGGCACCCCCUUCACAUCUCAUGAGUUUAAGAGUUUUUGUAAGGACAAUAACAUAUGUCAUGUUACAUCUGCGCCGUAUCAUCCAAAAACCAAUGGUUUAGUGGAGAGGAUUAUCAGAACCUUCAAGAGUCGAUAUAGUGCUUGCAAACAAGAAGGUCUCAGUUCAUCACUUGCACUUUUACAAGUGUUGCUUGCUUAUCGAAAUACCCCACAAAAGACCACAGGACAACCACCAUCAGUCCUUUUCUAUGGUAGAAGAUUACCAACAGCUUUGGACAGGUGGAGGUAUAAUAGCAGAGAGAGAAUAGAAAAUAAAGUGUGGCGACAGAAGUACUAUCACGACUUAAAAUCCAAACAAAAGGAGUUUUCUGCCAAACAAGAAGUGUGGGUUCAAAAUGAAACGAAGAAGGGCUGGAGACCAGGAACAGUACAAGAAAGGACGGGAGAGCUGUCAUACUCCGUUUUAGUAGGGGGAGAUAUAAAGAGAAAACACGCUGACCAGCUGAGAGCAAGAGAAGGUGCAACUGAUCCACCUCAAUGGAAAAUGCAAAUGGAACCUGAAACUGAUGAUGUACAUAGUUUCGGAAACUCAGCCUAA